CUCCUCCAACCCCUGGGCUGGCGGGGGUACAGUCUGGGCGAGGGACUGGGCGUUGUGCCGAGCCGCCUGUCCCCCUCCCCCGCUCCCCUGCUGCGUUCCGCGGGCUGGACGCGCUGGAGAAGUUGAGCAGCGCCCGGGCCGGCCCUGGGGGCUGACAGUCGGUAAAGUUUGGCCCGAAGAGGAAGUGGCCUCAAGCCCCAGCAGGUGGCGGCCAGGCCUGGACCGGGGCGCUCGCGGCCUGCGGGCCGGCUCUAGGCGAGGGCGCGCCCCAGCGCCGUUCUUCCAGCCGAUUUCCGGGGCUUCGGGGGCCGGCCUCGGGAGAGAGCGAGGCGGCGGCCGGGGAAAACAACUCCGAAGUUGGCGAGAGGCACCGCCCCUGCGCUCGGGCCGCCUCCGCCCCCCACCCGCCCCCAGCCCUGGCCUCCAGAGCACCGGUCGAGGAGCCCGGGCCAUGGAGGCCCCUCGGGGAGGCGGCACUGGGAGGCCAGGACGCCCGGAGCGGCGCCGCCUCCCCACUGGGUAGACCGCCGAAGCUCCGGGACUCUUCUUGCACCUCCGGACGGCUCACGAUGCUGCCGGCCAUCCUUCUCCUCCUCCUGGGAGACGCUGUGGCCCACCCAGACAGGAUCAUUUUCCCAAAUCCUGCCUGUGAGGACCCCCCGGCAGUGCUCUUGGAAGUGCAGGGCACCUUACAGAGGCCCGUGGGCCGGGACAGCCGCAGCUCCCCUGCCAACUGUACCUGGCUCAUCCUGGGCAGCAAGGAGCAGACGGUAACGGUCAGGUUCCAAAAACUGCGUCUGGCCUGUGGCUCAGAGCGCUUAAUCCUGCGCUCCCCCGUCCAGCCACAGAUCUCCCUGUGCGAGGCACCUGCCAGUCCUCUGCAGCUGCCUGGAGGCAACGUCACCAUCACCUACAGCUAUGCUGGGGCCAGAGCACCCAUGGGCCAGGGCUUCCUGCUCUCCUACAGCCAAGAUUGGCUGAUGUGCCUGCAGGAAGAGUUCCAGUGCCUGAACCACCGCUGUGUGCCCUUGGUCCAGCGCUGUGACGGGGUCGAUGCCUGUGGCGAUGGCUCUGAUGAGGCAGGUUGCAGUUCAGACCCCUUCCCCAACCUGACCCCGGCCCUUGUCCCCACCCGACCCUGCAAUCACACCUUGGAAGACUUCUAUGGGGUCUUCUCCUCCCUCGGAUACUCACACCUGGCCUCAGUCUCCCACCCCCAGUCCUGCCUCUGGCUGUUGGACCCCCAUGAUGGCCGGCGCCUGGCAGUGCGCUUUACGGCCCUGGACCUGAGCUAUGGAGAUGCAGUGCACGUGUAUGAUGGCGCCGGGCCCCCCGAGACCCUCCGGCUGCUGCGCAGCCUCACCCACUUCAGCAAUGGCAAGGCUGUCACCGUGGAGACGCUGUCCGGCCAGGCCACAGUGGACUACCACACAGUCGCUUGGAGCAGCGGUCGGGGCUUCAAUGCCACCUACCACGUGCGGGGCUACUGCUUGCCUUGGGACCGACCCUGCGGCUUAGGCUCUGGCUUGGGGGCUAGCGAGGGCCUAGGUGAACGCUGCUACAGCGAGGCACAGCGCUGUGACGGCUCAUGGGACUGCGCCGACGGCACGGACGAGGAGAACUGCCCCAGCUGCCCACCUGGACACUACCCCUGUGGGGCCGCUGGCACCCCCGGUGCCACAGCCUGCUACCUGCCUGCUGACCGCUGCAACUACCAGACCUUCUGUGCUGAUGGAGCAGACGAGAGACGCUGUCGGCACUGCCAGCCUGGCAACUUCCGGUGCCGGGACGAGAAGUGUGUGUAUGAGACAUGGGUGUGCGACGGGCAGCCAGACUGCGCUGACGGCAGCGACGAGUGGGACUGCUCCUACGCCCUGCCCCGCAAGGUCAUUACCGCCGCGGUCAUUGGCAGCCUCGUGUGCGGCUUGCUGCUGGUCAUUGCCCUGGGCUGCACCUGCAAGCUCUAUGCCAUUCGUACCCAGGAGUACAGCAUCUUCGCCCCCCUCUCCCGGACAGAGGCCGAGAUUGUGCAACAGCAGGCGCCUCCCUCCUAUGGGCAGCUCAUUGCCCAGGGCGCCAUCCCACCUGUAGAGGACUUCCCUACAGAGAACCCAAAUGACAACUCCGUGCUGGGCAACCUGCGUUCUCUGCUACAGAUCUUGCGCCAGGACAUGACUCCAGGGGCUGCCUCAGGCACCCGCCGCCGCCAGCGGGGCCGCUCUAUGCGCCGCCUGGUGCGCCGUCUCCGCCGCUGGGGCCUUCUUCCCCGAACCAGUCCCCCAGCCCGGACCUCUGAGACCAGAUCCCAGGUCACACCUUCUGCUGCUCCCCCUGAGACCUUAGACGGCAGCACAGGUCCAGCCCGUGAGGGCGGGGCGGUGGGUGGGCAGGAUGGGGAACAGGCACCCCCGCUGCCUGUAAAGGCUCCACUGCCACCUGCCAGCACGUCUCCAGCCUUCCCCACUGUCCCCGAGGCCCCAGGGCCACUGCCUGCGGCGCCCCUGGAGCCAUCACUGCUGUCUGGAGUGGUACAGGCCCUGCGAGGCUGCCUCCUGCCCAGCCUGCGGCCCCCAGGACCAACCCGGGCCCCACUUGGACCCCACACAACAGUCCUGUCCCCAGAGGAUGAGGACGAUGUGCUGCUGGUGCCACUGGCUGAGCCCGGGGUCUGGGUGGUCGAAGCAGAAGAUGAGCCACUGCUGGCGUGAGGUGACCUGGCUCCCCUGGGUGCUCUAUUCACAGUGACAGCAACCCUUUAGAGGGCAGCUCAGCUUCCUUCCACUAUUUCCCUCCCUGUCCCUCAGUGUGAGGAUACUUGAUGGGCCUCCCAUGGAUCCCAUGUAGCUGCUAUAAAGUUAGGUGUCCCUCAGGCAGGGAGAAGGCUCACACAGAGCCCCCUCUCUGCGCAUGGCCAGAGACCACAGUCCUCCACUACCCUCUCCCCACACCACCACCAUUUGGGUGGCUGUUUUUAAAAAGUAAAGUUCUUAAAGGGUCAUAGGCCUGGACACUCCAUCCUUGCCAAACCCACCCAAAAGUGGCCUUAAGCACCAGAAUGCCAAUUGGCUGGAGACUUCCAGCCCCCAAGGGGAGGAUUUGGGCAGGCCCUGGGGUUUUGCCAAUGGUGAUCCCUCCCACAAGGCCUAGCUCAUAAAAAGAGCACAGCAAAUGCUUUUGUUCCAUAGCCAGGUCAUUGUCCAGGAAGCCAAGGUUGAAAAUAAAGGAAUCAGAAAUUUAAGAUUUUUGUAAA